AUGUGUUUCCGAUUUCUACCAAUCCCCCCACUUCCUAAUGCUUUGCUAUUUAAUGCAAAAAUCACAAACAAUGGAUCAUGCAAAAUGCGUGCCCACCCUGAGGUUCCCUCUUCUCCCAAUAUCCCUCCACGUUUAUUUGUGAGUCAAGCCGACACGAGCGAUAGCAACCCUUCAGCCGGUGGUCCCUUUUUCUACGCUCCGAUCACUCCGCCGUUCGCCUCGGCUCUUCUGUCGACUCCGAGGAGCCUGAACGGAUCUGCUCGACUGGCCGGUUUCCUCGAGGCCCCCGAGUCGAUGGGCCCCUCUGCCGAAAUGCCCUUUCCCAUUGGUCCUCCCUUCUACCGGACGGCCAGAAACGGCCUCGAAACUCCCGUCGAUCUGCCUUCUCCCGCCGCCAACCUCUUCCCCAACCUACCCAACGUCCGGCUGGGAUUGGCUCUCGACUGCUCCACCGGUGCCCCGGCGGUCCCGGGACUCCCGGGACCGCAUUUGUCCGAGUCCGGCUCUGUCGACUGCCCCUCAGCAACCGUUGCUGGGGUGACCAGUUUGCUACAAAGUCUGGUCGACGGUCUGUCGAACGGGGUUGCCGGAGGCAUGGAA